GGUCAAUAUACCAAAAGUAACAUGAUUAGAACUGUCAAGCCUAAGAACGCCCGUUCGAAGAGAGCCUUGGCCAAGAAGGAGUCAAAGUUGGUGGAAAACACCAAGUCUGCUUUGUUUGUGCCUGGAUCCACCGGCAACAAAUUUUUACACGAUGCCAUGUGUGAUUUGAUGGCCUUCAAAAAACCUCAUGCCAAAAGAUUCUCCAAGAAGAACGAAGUCAGACCUUUUGAAGAUCCUGCAACCUUGGAAUUCUUCAGUGAAAAGAACGACACUUCGUUAAUUGUUUUGUCAAGCCACAACAAGAAAAGACCAAACACCUUGAUUUUUUCAAGAUUCUUCAACCACAAAGUGUACGACAUGAUUGAAUUGUCCAUACAAGACAACCACAAAUUGUUACAGGAUUUCAAGAAAUUGACAUUCACUGUAGGCUUAAAGCCCAUGUUUGUGUUCAACGGGCCAGCAUUCGACUCGGUUCCUGCUCUUCAACAUGUCAAGUCUUUGUUUAUGGAUUUCUUCAGAGGUGAAGAGACAGACUUACAAGACGUGGCAGGUUUACAAUUUGUCAUUUCUGUAUCUGUCGGGGAAAUAGAAGACCCAAAUUCCACCAAUUUGCCCUUGGUCCAUUUCAGAGUGUAUAAAUUGAAGAGUUACAAGUCUGGACAGAAACUCCCCAGAAUAGAGCUUGAGGAAAUCGGACCAAGAUUCGACUUCAAGAUCGGAAGAAGAACCAGCCCUGCCCCCGAAGUGGAGAAGGAAGCGUUCCAGAAACCCAAACAAUUACAAGCCAGAGAAAAGAAGAAUGUCAAGGUUGAUUUCAUGGGUGAUAAGGUUGCUCAAAUCCAUGUUGGUAACCAAGACUUAGGUAAGUUGCAGACCAGAAAGAUGAAGGGGUUGAAGUCGAAAUACGACCAGCUUUCAAGCGACGAAGACGACGAAGAAGGAGACGAAAUCGAAUACGAUGAUGAAGAUGAUGAUGAGGUUUAUGACGAUGCUCAAGACAUCAUCUCUGAUGAUGAAGACGAAGAAGCUCCUUCCAGCAAAAAACAAAAAGUUUGAAAGUUGACCACUUAUGCCUCAUGACCUCUACUUAAAGAUGUGUGUCCAUAUCUCCCCUAGCCACUCCGAGUAUGUAGAUACUUGUACAUUAAUAGUGAAUUUAUAUUGCAUUGGACAGUAUUCGCGACGGGUCCUCGAA